GCACCAUCCAUUUCAUAAACAUUUCAAGCAUGCCAGGCAUUCGUAUCUGUAUCGACCGCGGUGGUACGUUUACAGACUGUAUUGCCUUUGUACCGUCUGCCUCGGAGUCUUUAGGAUACAAGACUAUCGUCGUGAAGCUGUUGAGUGUGGACCCACAAAACUAUCAAGAUGCCCCAAGAGAGGGCAUCAGGAGAAUAUUGGAAAUUGCAACCGGAAAGCCCCAUCCUCGAAAUGUACCGGUUGACACAUCACAGAUCGAUCUCAUUCGCAUGGGCACAACGGUCGCAACAAAUGCACUGCUUGAGCGCAAGGGCGAACCUUGUGCUCUUGUAAUUACAAAAGGAUUCAAAGAUCUACUGCACAUUGGAAACCAAUCGCGUCCAAAGAUCUUUGAUUUGGCCAUUCACGCACCAGACGUCUUGUAUGAGCAAGUAGUAGAGGUUGAUGAGCGAGUCACGCUUAUCAAUACCUCAGAUUCGAAAGAAGGAAAUUCAUCAUUUCAUAAAGGCGUUACGGGGGAGUGGGUACAUGUGCUAAAAGAGCCUCCACUGGAUGAGGUUGAGCAGGAUCUCAAACUAGUGUACGAUCGCGGCAUCCGUAGUGUGGCCGUCUGCCUGAUGCACUCUUAUACAUUCCCAAAACACGAAGAGCAAAUUGCCGCUCUUUGUCGCAAUAUUGGAUUUGAGAAUGUGACCCUCUCCUCCGCCAUCAUGCCGAUGGUGAAGAUCGUGCCAAGAGGAACAUCUGCGACAGCGGACGCGUAUCUUACUCCAUGCAUUCAACGAUAUAUAGAAGGGUUCUUCUCGGGUUUCGAUGAGGGAAUUAGAGAUCCCACUAAAGUGAAGGUAGAAUUCAUGCAGUCCGAUGGAGGUUUGGCCGCCGUUGAUGAUUUUAGCGGAUUCCGGGCAAUUCUAAGCGGACCAGCGGGUGGCGUUGUUGGUUAUGCUCUGACGAGUUUCGUUGAAUCCGGAAAGCCAGUCAUCGGAUUUGAUAUGGGAGGAACGAGCACAGAUGUCUCCAGAUUUGCUGGGCGAUACGAGCAUGUUUUUGAAACGACUACGGCAGGAGUUACAAUCCAAGCACCGCAACUGGAUAUCAAUACGGUCGCCGCAGGGGGCGGGUCGCGGCUUUUCUUUAGGAACGGCUUAUUUGUUGUGGGGCCUGAGAGUGCCGGUGCGGACCCGGGUCCAACGUGCUACCGUAAAGGCGGACCACUUACAAUUACUGAUGCAAACCUACUCCUUGGACGUCUCAUUCCCGACUUCUUCCCUAAGAUCUUUGGACCCACAGAGCGCGAACCACUGGACGUCAGCGCAACCAAAAAAGCCUUUGAGAGCUUAGCAGAGGACAUCAAUAAGUUUUUGGGCUCUGAUAAGACGAUGACGACAGCCGACAUCGCCUAUGGGUUUGUGAAAGUAGCAAACGAAAGUAUGUGUAGACCCAUUAGAGCGCUCACUCAGGCCAAGGGCUACGAUACGGCAGAUCAUAUUUUGGCAUGCUUUGGUGGCGCGGGUGGUCAGCACGCAUGCGCCAUUGCCCGUUCAUUGGGCAUUGAAAGAAUCUUGAUUCACAAGUACUCUGCCAUUCUCUCGGCUUAUGGAUUGUCUCUGGCAGAUGUUGUUCAUGAGGAACAGGAGCCGAGUGCCCUAACCCUCAAUGCAGAUGCAAUACCACAUAUUCAAUCCCGUGUUGCCGCAUUAACUGAGAGCUGUGUGGCCGUCCUUGAACGACAAGGUUUCACACGAUCUCGCAUUCAGCCUGAGAUCUUCCUCAACUUGCGAUACCAGGGAACUGACACUGCUUUGAUGACGCUUAAACCUCCUCAGGAGGAUAACUGGGAUUUCGCAACCGGAUUCGUUGAACAGUAUCAGCAAGAGUUUGGGUUUACGCUCCCGGAUCGCGAUAUUAUAAUUGAUGACGUUCGGGUUCGUGGCAUUGGAAGAAGUAUAGAAGGGGAUGAUUUCCGCACUCGUGUGCACGAGGAACUUGAGACAUUGGAAAGGCGCCCUGUUGAUGCCAGUAAACGGGAGAUGCAGCAGCCUGUCUAUUGGGAAGGGGGCUACGUUGAUACACCUGUUUACGUCCUAGAAAAGCUGGCUGUGGGUGAUCAAGUGACUGGCCCUGCUUUGAUCAUUGACAAGAAUGCAACCAUUGCAGUAGAACCUACCUGUAAGGCCGUUAUCACCAGUGAGCAUGUUGUUGUGGAUGUCGGCGGUCAAAGCAAGAAAACGCGAUCUACAGAACUAGAUCCGAUCCGGUUGAGUAUUUUCGCUCAUCGAUUCAUGAGCAUCGCCGAGCAAAUGGGGCGAACGUUGCAGAAAACGGCGAUUUCAACCAACAUCAAGGAGCGAUUGGACUUCUCUUGUGCCUUAUUUGGCCCCGACGGUGGGCUUGUAGCCAAUGCACCGCAUAUUCCUGUGCACCUCGGUUCAAUGCAGGAAGCUGUGCGAUGGCAAAUGGAGCAUCUUAAAGGGGACCUGAAGGAAGGGGAUGUGCUGCUGACCAACCAUCCUCAGGCCGGAGGAUCUCACUUACCAGACAUCACUGUGAUCACCCCUGUGUUCAACAAGGAUAAGAUUGAGUUUUUUGUCGCCAGCCGUGGACAUCAUGCCGACAUUGGAGGUAUUCGACCUGGAUCCAUGCCUCCAGAUUCGAGGGAGCUUUAUCAAGAGGGUGCAGCCGUCAAAAGCUUCAAACUGGUGCGUGAUGGCAGAUUUGAUGAGGAAGGCAUCACACGCAUCCUACUAGAGGAACCAGCACAAUACCCCGAAUGUAGUGGCACUCGAUGCCUACGGGACAACAUAUCUGAUCUGAAAGCGCAGGUCGCUGCAAACCAUAAGGGAAUCACACUGGUGAAGGCGCUUAUUGAUGAAUACGGCCUGGAAGUGGUGCAAGCUUAUAUGCACUAUAUUCGUCAAAAUGCUGAGCUGUCUGUUCGAAAUUUGUUGAAAACCGUUUAUGAAGAGCACGGACCGCAUCUGUCUGCUACCGAUUGUAUGGACGACGGCACGCCCAUCUCGCUUUCGAUUACCAUUAAGCCAGAUACCUACUCUGCAGUGUUUGAUUUUACCGGAACUGGUCCUGAGCUCUACGGCAACACCAAUGCCCCACGAUCCGUGAGCUACUCAGCUAUAAUCUACUCGCUCAGAUGUUUGGUCGCGCAGGACAUGCCGUUGAAUCAGGGUGCACUUAAUCCUAUUGAGGUUAUCAUACCUGAGGGGACGUUACUGUCUCCUGGGGACGGCGCGGCAGUUGUAGGAGGAAAUGUGCUGACUAGUCAACGGGUUGUUGAUGUGGUUUUGAAGGCAUUUGGAGCCUGUGCUGCCAGUCAGGGUUGCUGCAAUAACUUUACGUUUGGAAAAGGAGGGGACGACGGUUUUGGAUAUUAUGAGACGAUUGCUGGAGGAAGCGGUGCCGGGCCAACUUGGGAUGGGCGAAGCGGUGUUCAUACGCAUAUGACCAACACACGAAUAACCGAUCCCGAAAUCCUCGAGCGUAGAUAUCCAGUCAUUUUACGAGAGUUUGGGUUGCGUAAAGGUUCGGGAGGUAAUGGCUUGCAUAAAGGUGGAGACGGGGUUGUCAGAGAUAUUGAGUUUCUUGAACCACUUCAUGUCUCUAUGCUGUCCGAGCGGCGAGUCUUCCAGCCGUAUGGCCUCAAAGGCGGGCAUCCGGCUCUUACUGGUCGCAACACGUUGAUAAGAGCUAAUGGACGUGCACUAAACUUUGGUGGUAAGAAUGCUACAAAGGUGGACAAAGGAGAUCGAUUGAGGAUUGAAACACCCGGUGGUGGAGGAUGGGGUGAGCCAACCGACCAGCCGAAACAAACUAUUAACAACAUUGACAACAGUGUGCCAUAUAAAAUGGGUGGAGGAUCUUUGCAGAAUUACGAAGCGGAACAGCAAUCAUUUUGAACCGUCAAGGAAGGUUUGUACCAUCAUCUCGUGUAGAGCAAUGCCCUCAUGCAAUAUAGCACGUACGAUAGACGUAUAGGCAUAGACGCGGAAUAGAAAAGAUCAUGUUGGUUGCAAGA